AUGGAACCCCCAGCAGAGCCUGUGCUCUACCAGAAGCUGCUACUCAGGGAGGCGAGCUUGGAGUCAGAGGAGGACGAGGAAGAGGGGAAGGAGGAGGAGCAGACAUCAGAGCCGCUGGUUCUCAGCCCCUGGAGGCCCCAGGAUUCCUCUGGGAACAGGGCUGGCGGGCUGCCUGGAGCCUGGGCCCGACUAGCUGCAGCCCUGCUGCUACUGGCUGUUGGCUGCUCCAUGGCUGUGUGGCAGCUCCAAACUAGGGGUAGCUCCACAGGAAGCUUGGGCUCUGGGGCCCCUCCACCCAGGGGACACAGCCAUCGCCCCGGUGUCUACCACCAUGGCGCAAUCAUCAGCCCUGCAGCCACAUGCACCCACGUGGGCCAAGAGCUGCUUGUUGCUGGAGGCAACGUCGUGGAUGCCGGAGUUGGAGCUGCCUUGUGCCUAGCGGUAGUACAUCCUCAUGCCACAGGGCUAGGUGCCACGUUCUGGGGCCUAUUCCACAAUAGCUCCUCUGGCAAUUCAACCGCCCUGACAUCAGGCCCAGUCCGGACCCUGGCCCCUGGACUGGGGCUGCCCACAGCCCUGCCCACCCUGCACUUGCUGCACACACACUUUGGCCGCCUGCCCUGGCCACGCCUGCUGGAGGGCCCCACCAUGCUGGCUCAAAAGGGCUUCCUGGUGGACGCACCCCUGGCAAGGGCCCUGGAAACUCAGGGCACAAAGGCCCUCUGUCCACUGCUUUGCCAGGCCAACGGGACCCCCCUGGGUCCCGGGGCCAGAGCCACCAACCCAAAACUGGCAGCCGUGCUACGCAGGGCAGCAAUCAUCCCCACCCCACACCUUGCUGGGAAUGCUCUACUGAGUCUGCUGGUCAGAGACCUGGGGCUGGAGGUACCCUCAGCUGGGCCCAUGCCCACCUUGGAGCCAGCACUGCAGCUAUCUGUGCCCCAGGGCAUCCUCUUCACCACUCCCAGCCCCUCAGCUGGCCCAGAACUGCUGGCACUUCUGGAGGUGGCCCUUCACUCCGGGAGGCCCAGCCCUGACCCCUGCCCAUCGCUCCUGCAAACUGCCAUGACCCCCACAAGCAGCGUUCUGGCCACUGUGGACAGCAAUGGCUCCAUGCUUCUUCUUACUUCCUCGCUCAACAGCUCCUUUGGCUCUGGACAUGUGUCCCCAAGCACUGGGGUUCUGCUCAGCAACCUGGUGGCCAGGUCUGCAACUGGCACAUGGGCCUGCCCUCUCAUCUUCCGUGGCAGCCCAGAUGACACAGAAGCUGAUGUGUUGGGGCUGGUGAUUUCGGGAACCCCUGAGGUGACCAGCGCCACGAGUCACGCCUUGCUCAGCCAUCUGGCAGGGCCCCAUAGCCAGGCCCAGCACCAGCACCAGGCCCAGGAAGGACCAACAGAGAGGCCCAGCACUUGUGGCCAAGGGACCCUGCUCCAAGUGGCAGCCCAUGCAGAGCAUGCCCAUGUCUCCAGUGUCCCCAGUGGCUGCUGCCCCUUCCAGGGGUUCUAA